CCUGAACAAACCUUAGAUCGGCUUGGCAAUCCUUGGGAGGUGAAUAGAUAUAUUUCGUUCCUCCACCGAUCUGCCUGUAGUCACCAACUCUCCUUUUUCAAGCCAUACCUCCUCUUGCAUUCUGCGAAUUCAUCAAUUUGAGCAAUGCCGAUCUCUAAGGACUUCUUUGCACUCGUUGCUGGAGCUGGCGCCGGAACAGGCCGGUCAAUUGCCCUUCGUUUUGCGAAGCUCUACCCCACGGUGGUGCUAGCUCGUAGAAGGGAGAGUUUCGAAGGGAUCGUCAACGAAAUCAAAGCAGCUGGCGGUACGGCUCUGGGUAUUGUAGCCGAUGUCAAUGACCCCGCUGCGGUUAGAGCUGCCUUUGGCGCCAUUAAGAAUGAGAUUCCCAACAGCAAACUAGCUGCAGCAGUUUACAAUGUCAACGGGGGCUUUGCGAUGAAACCAUUCUUGGACCUAAAGCCAGAGGAUCUUGAGGCGAGUUUGGAUGGCACGGUGCGAGCGGGUUUCACAUAUGCUCAACAUUGUUUGCCUCUACUCCUUGAGUCUGUCUCCGACGCACCGCAUCCUCCAUCACUCAUAAUCACAGGUGCCACGGCAUCGCUUAAAGCUUCCGCCAACUUUGCAUCUUUCGCAGCUGGCAAGUUUGCGCUUCGUGCUUUGAGCCAGUCUUUGGCCCGCGAAUUUGGUCCCCGUGGUGUCCAUAUCGCACACGUCAUCAUCGAUGGCUUGAUAGAUACGCCACGUGCGAGGGAAUUUGUUGGUAAGGAUCAAGCGAUGAUAUCCCCAGACUCGAUUGCUGAAAGCUAUUGGUACUUGCAUACACAGGAUCUAUCUGCAUUUACUCAAGAGCUGGACUUGCGACCUUGCUCCGAGAAGUUCUAAUGGCAAAGCUUCUCGCGGAGUCGAAGCAGUUUGGCAUCUUCAGCUUAUGAUUACGGACGUAUUGGUAGACUAUUGCUGACAAUAUAGUUAUAAUACAUUGUUGUGAAAUAAAAUUACAUACAAGGGAAGUAUAAGAGCACGUUCCACUAACAGCAACCGUAUCAACC